CGGCGUGCGCUUCUUCGUGGACGCGAGCCAGGAGGAGCAGCGCAGCUGGAUGACGUACAUCAAGUGCGCCCGCAACGAGCACGAGCAGAACCUGGAGGUGGUGCAGCUCGGAACCGCCAUCUUCUACAAGGCGCUGCAGGUACCUGGUGAGCGCCCCCAUGCUUUUGCGCUUGGACGCGCUGGAGACGGUCCUCGUGCAGAUGUUUGGGGUCACGCGGGAGGUCAGGGUCUACGUCAUGAUCAAGACCUCCAUGGCGCCGGACCACCAGGUUCUGUCCCAUCACGUGGUCACACUCAACGCUCAGAACCAGUACCAGGCCGUCGCGUCCGUGCGGAUCUUAUCAGGCCAGCUGGACAAGGACGCGGAUCGUGUGGUUCUUCACGUCCAGUCGGCGCAGAUCAACCAGCACGCGUCACUUCCCGUCAGCCGGCAAAACGGCUUCCUGUUCAUCCAGACUGACAAACCGCUCUACACGCCCGCGCAGCGCGUGAAGGUGCGCGCCUUUUCGCUCAACCAGGAGCUUCAUCCGGCCAAUCGCAGCGUCUUCCUCACCUUCAAGGAUCCCGACCGUCAGACUGUGGACGUGCAGGAGAUGUCGGAUCUCAACAACGGGAUCCCGUCCAUGCAGAACCCCUUCAGGAUCCCCAUCAGACCUAAGUUAGGACUCUGGUCCAUUGAAGCCUCGUAUUCGGACCACUUCAGCACCAAAGCCGCAACCCACUUUGAGAUUAGAGAAUAUGUCCUCCCUAGUUUCUCCAUCACGGUCCAGCCCGAAGUCAACUACAUCAGUUUUGGGAACUUCCAGCGCUUCUGCUUCAAAGUGGAGGGCCGGUAUCUCCACGGUGCUCCAGUGUCCUCCGGGGAAGUCUUCCUGCGCUUCGGCUAUGUGAGCCGGAAGGAACUUCCCGUUAUCAUCCCAAACUCUGUGACCAGGGAGAGGUUGUCACCAUCUGGUGAGGUGGACGUGUGUGUGAACAUGGACGAGGUUUUAUCCAGACACGAUGGACCCAAAGACCUUCACGCUCUCAUUGGGAAGUUCUUGUAUCUUGCUGUGCUGCUCCAGGAAGAAUACGGUGGGAUCAGCCAGGAGGCGGAGUUUUCAGCUGUGAAGUUUGUCAAAUCGCCUUACAGUUUGACUUUGGUGUCCACGCCCCCUUUCAUCAAACCUGGGCUUCCUUACAACAUUCAGGUUCUGGUGAAGGACCACCUGGACAAGGCAGUGAGCCAGGUUCUGGUGCGCGUGUCCGAGCAGCGCCUGUGGAGUCUCGACGACGAGCUCGCCGUCAAAGCCUGUCCCGAGCACGCUCGCAGCCAAUCGGACGGCCUCGCCAUCUUCGUGUGCAACACGCCCGCCACGGCCGCCAAAGCCUCGUUCACGCUGGAGACGUCGGACCCGUCCCUCCCGGCCGCCAGCCAGGACCGUCUCGCUCACACAGCGGUGGCGUACCGGUCUCCGAACCGCCGCUACCUGUACAUCGACCCGCCGCUGACGCAGCAGGGCCUGGAGGUGGGCCGCUUCGCUAACAUUCAGGUGUACUCGUCCACGCCCAGCUACGUGCCCAUCGAGGCGCUCAGCUUUCUGGUCCUGUCCAAGGGCAAGGUGGUCCAUUUCGGCAGCCACAAAGUUGUUGCCAGCGGCGACCACAAGCAAACGCUCCGGUUCCUGGUGACGGACGCCAUGAUUCCAUCAGUUCGCCUGUUGGUUUACUACAUCCUGUACGGCGAGGGCGCAUCUGAGCUGGUGGCCGACUCCGUGUGGCUAAAAGUCCCGGACGCGUGUGUCAACGGACUGGUGACGGAAAUGUCGUAUAGAAGGCAGGACUACAGGCCCAAGGAUGACCUCCAGCUCCACGUCAGGACCAGUCAGGAGGGCCUGGUGGCACUCUCGGCUGUUGACUCUGGCCUCUUCCACCUGUACCCUCACUACAGAGACCCUGUUUCCAUGGUGUUGCGUCACAUCGAGGAAAGCGACUUGGGCUGCGGAGGAGGCGGGGGCAAAGACGCGGCCGAUGUCUUCCGAUUGGCCGGCCUCACCUUCCUCACCAACGCCAACGCGCAGCCGGCGCCCGGCGGUGCGGCGGCGUGCACCACGGCCGUGCGAAGCAAGCGGGCGCUGACGGAAGAGAUGAGGAGGAAGAAAGCCGCCUCCUUCGGACCCCUGAAGCAGUGCUGCGAGCACGGCAUGAAGUACAUCCCCAAGAGCGUGACCUGCCACGAUUUUGCCAAGGAGACCAUUCGCAAGGUUCCGCACCACGUGCAAUGUCGCCACGUCUUCACAAAGUGCUGCGAAUUCAUCCAGAUGCACCUGGACCAGGACCAGAACCUCAUCCUGGGCCGCUACGACAUGGGGCCUGACUUCGAUGCGGCGCCCUCUCUGGUCAGGAGUUUCUUCCCUGAGAGCUGGCUGUGGGAGGUUCAGCCUACCAGAGGAGCUCAGGUGUCCAUCAGCAGGACGCUUCCCGACUCUCUGACCACUUGGGAGUUGAAGGCCAUCGGCGUGUUCAAGGACGGUAUUUGCGUGUCGGCUCCCGCGAAGGUGUCGGCGCAGCUGCCGCUCAGCGUGGACGUGCCGCUACCCUACCAGGUGGUCCGCGGCGAGCAGCUGGAGCUGAGCGGUUCUGUGUACAACCAGCAAGCCGACGACAUCGCGUACUGCGUGACGCUGACGGUCGGACCUCAGGUAUGUCUGCUCCAAUCCCAGCCGGCCGCAGGGGGAGCGGGACUUCGGUCCACCGCCUGCAAAUGGGACCUGCUGAAGGCGAGGGGCGUGGCCAAGGUGGCAUUCACCCUCAUGGGGCUGGAGGCCGGAGAACACACUUUGACCUUCGCCCUGAAGACUCGGACCCGGGGAACGCAGGACAUCGUGGAGAAGAAACUCCGAGUGGUGCCUGAAGGGGUGAAGACGGAAGAUUAUUCGGGAGGCAUAUUGGACCCGCAGGGACUCUACGGUUCUGAGAAGACGAAGGUGGUGCUUAAGAACCGUCCACCGGCCAACAUGGUCCCCAACACAGCCGUGGAGAGAAUGGUGACCGUCAAUGGUGAAGUUCUGGGAAACGUCCUGUCAGUGCUCCUGGACGCCGAAGGCCUCAGACAGCUCGUCAACCUUCCCGAUGGCUCGCUGGAGACCGAGCUGGGGAGGGUCCUCCCUCUGGCCCAGGUGUACCAGUACCUGGAGACCACUCGGAGCUGGUACGUCCUGGGCCGAGAGAUCCAUACGAACUCGGCCGACCUGAGACAGAAAAUCAAAGAAGGAUUGGCCAGCAUCUCUUCUUUCCGACGUGGAGACUCCAGUUACAGCAUGUGGAUCAGGAGGGAAGCCAGCACCUGGCUGACGGCGGCGGCGGUUCGGACCUUGGCUUCUGUAGACCCUGUGGUCCAGGUGGACCGCCAAGCUCUCUCAGAGUCUGUGUCCUGGCUGAUCCGGAACGCUCAGAAUCCGGACGGCUCCUUCUCAGACGCGUCCGCCUACAGGGCCAACAAAUUUAUGGCUGAGGGGGCGGACCCGACGGAGCGCUCGCUAUACCUGACCUCGUUGGUCCUCAUCGCUCUGCGCCGAGCCACCGGCAUCAGGGAACGCAUCCUGCAGCUCAAGUUCCACGACGACAGCAUGAGGUCCGCCGCCAACUACAUUUCCCAGAAUGCCCUGACGGCGAAGAGCGUGUACGUGCGGGCGCUGGCCGCGUACGCGCUGACGCUUCACAAUCCAAAUGACGUCGCCAGCGUCACGCUCAUCAACAACCUGGAGACGUUGGCCAGACAGAAAGGACACCCAGCGGAGCUCAGGUACUGGCAGGAGUCCGGCGCAGCGUCAGAUUGGCUCGGACCCGACCAAUCGAGCGGCCUGGCGGUGGAGACGACGGCGUACGUGUUGCUGAGCAUGCUCCUGAAGGGCCGGAUCUCAUACGUCAACCCCAUCCUGUCCUGGUUGACGCAAGAUCAGCACUACGGACAAGGAUUCUACUCUAUGCAGGACACAGUUCUGACUCUGGAGGCUUUGACCGAGUACAGCCGGGUGGUCCGACACGCCGACCUCGACCAGGAGAUUAACAUCCGCUACGGACACAGAGGAACGUUAGCUCGGGUACACCUCACCCCGGGACGCCCGGUGGCCACGCCCAUCCAGGUGUUGAAGAACGACGACAUCACCGUUUCCACAGGAUUCGGGAAAGGCGUGUCAAGUGUUAAGAUGAAGACGGUCUACUACCAGACCACGGCGCCCUCUCACAACUGUAACUUUGACCUCAGCAUUGAGAUGGUGGGCGCGGACGCGGAAGACGGUCCCAACAGGCGUGAACCGCACCUGUUGGCGUGCGCCAAGUACAAGCCACCUCCCGACGAGCUGGUCACGGAGUCCACGAUGACGGUGAUGAAGAUCCAGUUGCCGACUGGUGUGGAGGCGUACCUGGAGGACCUACGACAGUUUCGCGACGGCAUGGAGCCCGUCAUCUCGCACUACGAACUUCAGGGCAACUCAGUCGUCAUCCAGAUGGACUCGGUUCCGUCCGACGCGUUUUUGUGCGUCGGCUUUCGGAUCCGCGCUGGCUUCAAGGUGGGCGGAGCCGGCGAGUCCUUGUUGAUGGUUUCCGAGCCUCAGGACAAAGGAAGUUUGUGUAGCAAAGCAUUCUCCUACAAAGAGCAGAAGCUGCAGCGCCUCUGUGUGGCCGAAGAGUGCCAAUGCAUGACAGCCGCGUGCGCGAGCUACAGAGCCGACCCUGACGCCACCUUGACCCCCGCCAAACGUCUCCGGGAAACGUGUCAGCCUCACAUAAAAUACGCUUAUAAACUGAGGAUCGAGUCUGCGGAAACGGAAGGAGACUUUGUGAGCUUCACGGCCACCGUCAACGAAGUCCUCAAGAACACCGACGAAGCCUUCGAGUCGUUGAGUUCGGGAUCCAAGUUGGAGCUCAUCAAGAAGGUGACGUGCAGCCUGGUCCGGGUGGAGCUCCACCGCCAGUACCUGCUGACGGGAUCCAGCGGGUCCCGGGUCGGAGAGGGCCACGCCCCGAGGUUCCGGCUCCCCCUGGACGCCGACGCCACCCUGGAGCCUUGGCCCGCCAAAUGCGACGACGCGGCCUGCUCGGCGCACGCCGCCGUCAUGGACGAGUACGGGCUGGACCUGACCCUCUUCGGCUGUCAAAAGCCCUGAUUGCGUUUCCCGACUGGAGCGCGACAUCACGGCAUUGAGCUUUGUCGACGCGAAAUCGCCGUUGAAUCUUGACUUCACUUGGAAGGAAUAAAGACGAGAGAGAUUUUG